AUGUGGCCUCUCUAUGCCGACGGGAGAGAGCGCUCCCUUCGACAGAAUACAAUCACCCCAAUGAGCGGUGUUGGCUGUGGAGUCCCAACGAGGUUAAGCUUUGCUGAGCUGAGGAAUGAGUAUAAAAAUCAGAAUUACUUUUCCUUUGGGAAUACUGCAAAAUACACUUGUCGGCCUGGAUAUGGAAGAGACCCACAGCUACAACCCACUAUUACAUGCCUUGAAAAUGGAAGGUGGUCAGAAGCACUCGAGUUCUGUAAAAAGAAAUCAUGUGGUCAUCCCAGAGAGCCGGAGAAUGGCAGAGUUAUUGUAACAGAUGUCCUGUUUGGGUCAACCGUCAACUUCACCUGUGAAGAAGGGCACCGGUUGAUUGGACAGCCUUACAGACGAUGUGAGAUUUCUGGCCUGCGUGUUGCAUGGACUGGUGAAGUUCCCAUUUGUGAGCGUAUUCCGUGUCUUCCGCCUCCUGACAUCCCCAAUGGAAGGCACACUGGGGUGAUAAUGGAUGACUUCUCUUAUGGGUCAUCUGUAACUUACAAAUGUGACAGUGGUUACCCGCUCACUGGAGAAGCCUCUAUUCACUGCACAACCAAGGACGGGCUAAACGGAGAGUGGAGUGCACGUCCCCCUCGGUGUGGAGAGGUUAGAUGCCCAGCCCCACAAAUCCGGAAUGGAAGAAGAGUAUCUGGUGACAGACGUGUCUAUUCGUAUAAAGACAGUGUUACCUUUGAGUGCGAUCCCGGCUACAUCAUGAAGGGUCACAGUCUGAGUCAGUGCCAAACUGAUGACACGUGGGAUCCACCUUUGCCCGUCUGUGAGCCAGACUGCACCAGCUGUGAGAAGUGA